UCUCGCGGUUCUGUUUUGGUACUCUUUAUUGUCAUGACGAAGAGACGCUGCAGCUUUGAAUUUUGAAUUCAGGAAUAUUCAUGUCGCUUUGUUCAAUACUGCUGCCUAUCGCCGUGUGUUUGAUGUAAGAUUGUUAAAUAGACAGAAAUAUUAUUAAAAUCACUAGAACAACAUGGAUUCUAAAGAGAUGAAAAAUCAAGCUGAAUAUAUUUGGAAUCGACUGGAUGACUUGGCGAAAAACGACCCUGAUGCGUAUAAAAAAUUUAUUGAAAAACAAAUGGAGGAACAGAAAAUAUUUACGUCAUCUCCUGAACCAAGGAUUUGUUUACAGACAAAAGCUUUUGGGAGUGAAUCAGAAAAUGUUUUCAUUAAUAUCUGUGCAUGGAAGAAGAUUCCUUAUCCUGAAACUGAAGAUGAACCUGUCAAAUUAUUUGCUGGAAUGAAAACAUCUAAGAAGUUGAAAAACGGACAAACGGAAACUGUUCUUCCUGUAGCAAUGAAUGAUAAAUUAUACGAAGAAUGUACCGAUACAGACCUGAUUAAAAAUGCUUUAUUCGGAUUAAUUUUGAACUUGACUGAAGAUACGUUAAAGACGAAAAUCUCAAGGGACUACAGAAAUUACAAAGAGCUUUAUAAAGGGGAUUUACCGGCUGACCCAAGGACUUUAUUUAUCACGAACUCCCAAAUCCAAAAUGAAAAAGACAUUUUACAAAUGGCUCAAACGGUCAACUCUCCUGAAGAUCUUCUAAAAAAAUUAUCGAUGGAUGAAAAAACUGAAAAUGGACUCGAUACUGCAAAAAUUGACACAAAAUUUGAAAUGGAUGAAUUAUUAGGGAAAAGGGAUGAAAAGAAGAGCAAGAAUAAGAAGGAUCUGAUACAAGAAAUUAAAGAAACUAACACAGACUUUUCUCAUCUGCCGAGACCAGAGCACACACUGACAGAGAUGCCAAAGUACAAUGAAAGGCCGGCAAAGUUUGUCUUGAAGAUUAAGUUGCCUACAGUAUCCAGUGUUGCAGAAUGUGAUUUGAAUAUAUCAGAGGAAUCAGUGGAACUCAUUGUAGAAGAUAAAUACUAUUUUACUUUGACAUUUCCAUCAGCAAUAUCAGAAGAUGACGCUUCAGCUAAGUUUAAUAAGAAAACGUCUUGUCUGACUUUGAAUGUUCCAUUGAAGUGAAUAUUGAGACUUUAUGCUAUUUGAGUUUCUUUAGAAGUUCGACUUGUUUAUCACCAUUACCAAAAGUCUAAAAUUUCGACCUCAACUUGGUGAAAUUCAGAAUUUAGACGAUGACUCAGACUUUCGAGGAUAACACUGUGGAAAAUAAUACCAAGUCAAAAUUUGAUAAGAAAACGUAUUGUCUGGCUUUGAAUGUUCCUUUGAUUAUUUCUGUAAAGAAGUUUACACUUUUAUAUCACCAUUCAAAGUCAAAAAAUUUGGCCACAACUCGGGGAAAUUCAAAACAGCUCUAUAUACCUGUCCUUUACACCCAAUAUAUGUCGGAGUCUGUGGUUGAUGAACGUGGAAAAUACUCUUAGAGUUUAAUUUAAGCAAAAUCUGAUAAGAACAUGUCUUGUCUGGCUUUGAAUGUUCCUUUAAAGUGAAUAUCGAGACUUUAUUUCUGUAAAGAAGUUUACACUUUUUAUCACAUUUCAAAGUCAAAAAAUUUGACCUCAUGGAAAUUCAGAACAGCCCUUAUAUACCUGUCCUCUACACCCAAUAUAUGUCAGAGGUUGUGGUUGAUGAACGUGGAAAAUACUCUUCGAGUUUAAUUUAAGCAAAAUCUGAUAAGAACAUGUCUUGUCUGGCUUUGAAUGUUCCUCCAAAGUGAAUAUCGAGACUUUAUUUAUGUUGGAAAGUUUGACUUUUUCAUCACCAUUCAAAGUCAAAAAAUCUUGGCCCAACUCGGGGAAAUUUAGAAUGACUUUGUCUCCCCGCACCAGUGCUUCCCUACCUUUUUCAGUUUGUGACCAACUUUUAUUGCCAUCUUCUCUGUGCAAACCACAAUGAGAUGUUAAUCCCAUGCCAUUUCCUUUAAUGCAAAACUUGAUCUUGCAAAUUGGAUAUUAUUGGACACGUUUAGUGGCCAUAACGAUCGUUUCAAAAUUUUGUUGUUAUUGUUAUUUGUCUCCGUCUCCAUUUUUAAAAAAUCGCUUUUCUCUUCGA